AUGGCCAGGGAGCUGGCCCCAGACUUCUACCAGCCAGCCCCCGCGCCCCGGGGCCCAGAGUCGGAGCCGCUAGCCAAGCUGGAGCCCAAGCCCAUCGUCCCGAAGGCUGAGUCCAAGGCCAAGGCUCGUAAGACGGAGGCUCGAGGUCUGACCAAGGGCAAGAAGAAGGCUCGGAAGGAGGCUGCGCUGGCAGCCGAGGCGGAGGUGGAGGUGGAAGAGGUCCCCAACACUGUCCUCAUCUGCAUGGUGAUCCUGCUGAACAUCGGCCUGGCCAUCCUCUUCGUGCACCUCCUGACCUGACCCUCACCUGCCAGAGCCAGGAGUGCGUGCUGGGGAUUCCAGGACCCCUCUUUCUGCAGUGCCAGGCAGGAGGGCCAAGGAGGACCGAACUCCACACCGACCUCCGGGGGCCAGCUGGCACUCACAACAGACGUUUACGGAGGCCUUGCACUGUGCCGUGCUGGGCGGCAGACGGUGCCAGGAGGAAUAGAAUGUGCUGGAACCCUCUGGAAGCUCUCUACCCACUCUGAGGAAGGCCCAGAGGAGAUGAGCCCUGAUCCUUUGAGCUUUCUGCACUGCUCCUGUCCCCCAGCCCAUCCACUUCUUUGUCUGUUUCCGGGCUUUUGCGUCAUGUUUUGGGAGAAGUCACCACAUGGGGGAUGAAUGAGAACCCCGCCCACCUUCUGCUCCGCUCCAGCCACUCCCCGCAAGCUUCUGACCGGUGGGCCUAGGCUGCCCAGGAGAUCAGAGGGAAUAUGUGACCCCGUGUGACACCAAGGAACCACCCCCAGACCCUCAGCUGACCCACUCCUAACUGUCCCAACUGCCCGCACCCUGAUGCCAACUGGGGCAGCCUGGCUUCUCUCAGCAGUCAGGUCAAGGCAGGUGCUGUGCAAGGGGGAGACCCAGGGACACGGGAGCCCCUAUCCAGGCUGGAGGAGACAGGGGAUAGUUAAGAUGGGCCCUGAUUCUGAGUGUGACCGGCUGGAUGGGGAUGGCACUGUCCCCCUGCGCCCCCCACCAUGUGGGUUCAGGGUGGAGACACUUAAGGGGAACUCUGCUGCAAUGGCCUGCGAUUGGCUUGUUCGAUUCUUUGCCAUGGUCCCUGGGGGCUUGGGGGAGGCCCAGGGGGCCCCUGAUGGUGCCGGGAACAGACUGCCUGCAGCUGGGGGCUACAAUGUCCCCACUGGGGGCUGGGCUGUCCGUGUGGCUUGCUUGGUGGGGAAGACAGGCUUGCACGCACUCACUGAUGAUGCUUUGUACCUCACGCGGGGA